AUGGCGGACGACAUAGACGAGUCAGCGUUAUAUAUAAAAUUAUUGAAAGGAACUGUCCUUACUCUACAAGAUCGAGUAAAUCGAGAAAAAAGACGACUAGCCAGAUAUCAUCCCUAUUCUUCACAUGUUUAUCCUUAUCACAAAAGCAUGUCUCCCGCUCGUAUAAAACCCACUUACUCCUCUCAUUCCUUUGUCUUUUUGAAUCCCAAAAUGAAUUAUACCAAAGUCAAUUCCAGACACACUACUAAAGCAGCAUCUACUUCACAGGCAGUAGCAUCUACAUACUUGUGCAAAAAGCACCCAGCAGUUUCUGUUAAUCGAACAGUUAAUCACAAGAAUCUCACAUUUAAAAAGGUGCAUGUGACUCCUACACCUAAAACAAGUACAAAUGUUGCUCAAACCUCAUCCCAGCUAAGUACAUCAACUGCUAGUAACAUGGACAAUCAGCUCUCCAAGGGAGGUACUCUUAAAAAUGUCAAAACAGGCUCAAAACUUAGAACUUUGGUUUCUUGUACACAGCAGCAAAAAUCUACAAUAGGUGUUGAAAGUGUGGCACGUUCUGAAAAAUCAACCCCUGAAAAGCUGGUGUUAAAGUCUAAAUUGAACUCUCCUUUCUCUACUGCAACCAGGACUUGUAUUACAAAUCGCACCUCCAAAGUGUCACCAGCUGCAACCUUUUCUACUCUAUCAAAGAUAAAGCCUGUGACUUUUAAGGCUCCUGUGACAAAUACUGCUUCUAUAUCACCUUUUGUGGAACGACGCCGUUACAAGAUUGUACGGGAACACAAGCUUCCUGCUGCCAGCCAAACUGUUGCUUCUACAAUGACUAGAGAGAGUUCGUCUUCUUUGAAGUCACACACUGUAAACACACGCUUUAGCUUGGUGAAAAGGCCAGACACAUUCAUGCAAAAGAGUGGUUAUUCAUAUGUUUCAAAGCGGUGCCUUCAUAGAGCCAAAGUCAUAAGUCUGUCAAAUUCAGAAGCUGGCAAAUCUUACAUUAAGAAACUUGGGAAACUUAUAAUUGAUGCUGGCAAGAAAUUUGAUAAGAAACCUCUAGUUAUGGUGUCCAAGCGUAAAAUCAGUCGUGUUCCACUUCAAUCAACUCCAAUAUUGCCAAAAAGGAAGUCAUCUGUCAUUCCUCCAAAAUCUAAGUUGAAGGUUGACCAUCGGCGCUUUGUUUAUCAUAACUUAAACUCUUCAAAGAUUCUGAUUUCACCUUUAGCUUUAAAACAUAAAUUGUCUCCAGAAAAUCAGAAGAAAUGGUUUUUAGGUGCUAAACGUUUCAUUAAUACAAAAUUCAGCAAGCUGCAGACUGUUACUGUCCAAGGAGUAAAGUACCGUGUUGAAGCAGGAGGAAAAAACCUGCGACGACUUGACUCUGGACCCAAGGUUUUGCCAAGUUCAAAGGUUUCUCUUAUCUCUAAAGUCAGCAGAAUUCACAUUGGUGGUGCCAUCUUUACACGUACAUCAGCAGGUGUCCUUAAACGGGUCAACACUCACAAACUCAUUGUUGCAAAUCGAGCUGUUAAUAAAAGUAUUGCUACAGCAGUAGCCAAGGGUAGAAAAGUUCAAAGCAAACCAGCCAAAAAGCCUUGUCUGUACUUCAACAAUUUUGGAAAAUGUAAACGUGUCAAAUGUCCUUAUGUUCAUGAUCCAAAGAAGAUUGCUGUUUGUCGGAGAAUGAUUCAAGGGACAUGCAAGGUUUCCGGCUGUCCCUUUUACCACAAAUUGGCCAAAGAAAAGAUGCCCACUUGCUACUACUUCCUGAAAGGUCACUGCAACAGAGACAACUGUAUUUACCCCCAUGUGAAAGUAAACAAAAAUGCCCACACCUGUGAGGACUUUCUUAACGGAUAUUGCAGUCGUGGUGAAAAGUGCACCAUGAAGCAUUUCUUUGUCUGCCAGAAAUUCCAGGAGACUCAGGUUUGUAGCCACAAUGCUUGUAAGUUCAAGUCUCGCCAAAUGACUAAAGCCAAAAUGCCGACUUCAGACAACAAAUAUUUAGAUGCUGAUCAUGGCAAAAAGAAAAAAGCGGUCUCUUCAAUCAGAAGGAGAUCUGUGAAGUUGGUUCCUUCCACAGAGCCAAUUCCAAUCACUGAAAACUUGUCAUUCAUCUCACUGGGUAACUCCAGUGAGGAUUCUUUACUUGAUAUCUCUGCGGAAUCUACGUCUUUAUCAAAAUCAGCUCCCAAGGAUGAACCAAAAGAAACCCUGCGUAUCCGACCUCGUCUCUGA